AUGGCAUAUUGCAGCGCGACUUUUGACGCAUUUGCUCCACAUUCAGAUACUUCUUCAGCCUUCCAAGCGGCCACGAAGGAGAGUGAAAACGUCCCUAGUAACGCCAGCAGCAACCGGGUGACGCCUCGGCUCUUCAGCGUGUCAACGUCCUCUACUGACACACACGUAGCGAUUAAAGCUAUUACAGAUAACACGCACACACUUCCCGAGACAGUUUUGAGCCGUCCGGCCUCAGAGUCACAGCCCAGCGCCCCUGACGGCGUAUCGACCUCUUUGCGGCCCAUGCAAAGGUCAACCGGCCCUACGCGGUGA